GUAUACCUAGGAUCUCCUCGGUAACGCUUUGCAACAACAGAUCCUUUUCAUGAGAAAGAUGAUUGUAGUAAAAGGCUUUUCAUAUCAGUAUGUCGGGAACCGACCGUCGCUUAUAGACCGAUUCCGCUAUACUGUUCGGCUUGGGUAUAUGUGUGUAUUACAAAAAUAUCAUGGAUCCUAGGAACGGAAGGCGUCGGCUGGUUUUAAUACCUAUUCAGCUUGCAUCAUAUGCAAUUAUAGCGAUCAUGGGACAAACUACCCAAAAUAUUAAUAUAUUGUUUGUCAAUGAGGUCGAUAACAAUUUGGCUAAUGUUGCUGUUGAAGUCGCACUGAACUAUGUUAAAAAGAAUCCUCAACUGGGGCUGUCCGUUGAUAUGAUGUACGUAGAAGGGAACCGCACCGACUCCAAGGAUCUGCUACAAGCGCUGUGCUCGAAGUAUGGCCAGUCUUUGAGCGAAAAUCGACCGCCACACUUACUACUGGAUACCACGCUGACUGGAGUAUCAUCGGAAACGGUGAAAUCGUUCAGUCUGGCACUUGGCAUACCAACCGUAUCGGCUUCGUUUGGACAGGAAGGAGAUUUACGCCAGUGGAGAGACUUGACGCCAACCAAACGCGGCUAUUUGCUUCAGGUUAUGCCCCCGGCUGAUAUGAUUCCGCAAGUGAUUCGAUCUAUCAUCAUUUACAUGAACAUAACGAAUGCUGCAAUUCUGUACGACAACACAUUCGUAAUGGAUCACAAAUAUAAAGCUUUACUACAAAAUAUACCCACGCGUCACGUCAUCACCACCAUUGCUGACGAUCGCGAUAGAGCCAGCCAGAUUGAAAAACUUCGCAAUUUGGACAUAAACAAUUUCUUUAUACUAGGUUCUUUAGCAUCGAUCAAGCAAGUAUUGGAAUCGGCUAAAAAUGAGUAUUUUGAACGUAACUUUGCCUGGCAUGUAAUAACGCAAGAGCAAAAGGAUCUAACGUGCAAUGUGGAAAAUGCCACUAUCAUGUUUCUUCGUCCGAUGUCUGAUAGUUCAAGCAAAGAUCGAUUGGGCAGUAUACGCACAACAUACAAUCUUAAGCAGGAGCCUCAAAUUACCGGAUUUUUCUACUUCGACCUGACACUGCGCGCGUUAAUUGCAAUUAAAAAUAUUUUGCAGUCCGGAUCCUGGCCAUCAAACAUGAAAUACAUCACGUGUGAGGAUUACGACGGGACAAACACACCAAAUCACACAAUCGACCUUAAAACGGCUUUCAUUGAGGUGACCGAGCCAACCACUUUCGGACCGUUUGAAAUACCAAAAGGCGGAAAAAUGCAAUUCAAUGGUAACACUUACAUGAAGUUUGAUAUGGACAUUAACGCCGUUUCCAUCCGUAGCGGCGCAUCCGUUAAUACGCACAGUCUCGGAACAUGGGAAGCGAGCUUAAAUGCACCGAUAAAUGUAGCAAAUGAGGCGGAAAUAAAAAAUCUUACUGCCGAUGUUGUUUAUCGUGUCUAUACGGUUGUGCAAGCGCCAUUCAUAAUGCGAGACCCAACGGCACCAAAGGGCUUCAAGGGAUACUGCAUAGAUCUGCUGAACAAAAUUGCCGAGAUCGUCGAAUUUGACUAUGAAAUACGCGAAGUGGAGGACGGAAAGUUUGGCAACAUGAAUGAAAACGGCGAGUGGAAUGGUAUCGUACGGAAGCUGAUCGACAAGCAAGCAGAUAUCGGACUCGGCUCGAUGUCUGUAAUGGCCGAGCGGGAAACAGUUAUAGACUUUACCGUCCCGUACUAUGAUCUAGUUGGGAUUAGUAUUAUGAUGCAAUUGCCAAGCACGCCGAGUUCGCUGUUUAAAUUUUUAACCGUGCUGGAAACGAAUGUGUGGCUCUGCAUUUUGGCUGCCUACUUCUUUACCAGCUUUCUGAUGUGGAUUUUUGACCGCUAUAGUCCAUACAGCUACCAGAAUAAUCGAGAGAAGUACAAGAACGACGACGAAAAACGGGAGUUCAAUAUUAAAGAAUGUCUGUGGUUCUGCAUGACAUCGUUGACACCGCAAGGUGGCGGAGAAGCACCCAAAAAUUUGUCCGGUCGCUUAGUCGCUGCCACAUGGUGGUUGUUUGGAUUUAUCAUCAUUGCCUCGUAUACGGCUAAUUUGGCAGCUUUCUUGACUGUAUCCCGACUAGACACGCCGGUUGAAUCGCUGGAUGAUUUAUCAAAGCAGUACAAAAUUCUGUAUGCCCCACUGAAUGGAUCAUCGGCUAUGACGUACUUCCAGCGAAUGGCUGACAUUGAAGCUAAAUUCUACGAGAUUUGGAAGGAGAUGUCGCUCAAUGACUCUCUGACGGCGGUUGAGCGAUCGAAGCUAGCUGUCUGGGACUAUCCGGUUAGCGAUAAAUACACAAAGAUGUGGCAAGCCAUGCUUGAGGCAGGUUUACCGAACAGUCUCGAAGAAGCCGUACAGCGCAUACGAAAUUCGACAUCUGCCUCUGGAUUCGCAUUUCUGGGCGACGCAACCGACAUACGCUACCAAGUGUUGACAAAUUGCGAUUUACAGAUGGUUGGCGAAGAGUUUUCUCGCAAACCGUACGCGAUCGCCGUCCAGCAAGGAUCACCGCUGAAGGAUCAAUUUAACAAUGCUAUACUGAUGCUACUGAACCGACGCGAGCUGGAAAAGUUGAAAGAACAAUGGUGGAAGAAUGAUGACGUACAAAACAAGUGCGAAAAGCCAGAUGACCAGUCGGAUGGCAUCUCGAUACAAAACAUCGGAGGCGUAUUCAUCGUAAUAUUUGUGGGGAUAGGGAUGGCGUGCAUUACGUUAUUGUUUGAGUUUUGGUAUUACAAGUAUCGAAACAACUCCAAAGUGAUCGAUGUUGCCGAAUCAACGGACCAGCAACACGGUGGAACAAUAGUAAAAAAUGUCCGUCCCGCUGGAAAGCUCAUGAAGCAAGAUUCGUUAAAAGACUCAACAAAAGGUCACAAUUAUCAAAACCUCCGAACACGUACCUUGAUGCCGAAUUUGAGCAAGUUUCAACCUCGCUUCUAAAGUAAUGCGUUUUUGACUGCGCUUUGGAAGUACAACGAAAAAAUACUAAUGCCUCGUAAGAUUUACGAGCAUUAGUACGACUACGGAUAGUUAUGAACUGUAUUUUUUUUUAAUUUUAACAUAUGAUAUGAAUUUAAUGGGGAUAUAUAUGUAACUAUCUUUACCAAUCUUAUAUAACGAUUUGUGCAUUUUGAGCAAUUCUUUGAAUUAUGCAACAAAACGCUAAAAAUUAAAUGAAAUUGCAAUAAUAAAUACAAAUGAUAACUGUUGUUUCCGCGAAAUUUAAA